UAACAAAAAUUAUUUUAGGGAUAAAUAUUUGGGUUUUACGAAAACUAAAGAUAAAACUUCAAAAGUUUACCAUACUUUUGGUGGGAAUAAGUCUUUUGGCCUAAUUCAAAUUACGAAGCUGAAUGCGAAAGCGCAUCUAUUUUUACCUGUCCGUCCAACGGUAAAAAUCACGAAGCGGCCCACCCGAGUUCCGCCUCGAAACAUUCCAGUCCCCUACUGUGCCCCAAAAAUUGUACACGAUAGGCACAGCGUGAAGACAAAGUCCGAGUCCAAUGGAGAGUGGCCCAACCGAGUUCCGGCUUGUUUGCUCCGCCGCAGUCGCAAGAUCGGAGUCCACCAUCAGCCGCCUCGAGUCUCAAACGGGAGCCAAAAUCCGCGUACUUGACGACCCUUCUCGUGAAGAUUGUAUAAUUGUGAUAACUCUGGACCCCGCGGCCAAUAAAGAUAAUCACAAUGUUAACAGAGAAGGGGAAGAAGAGUCGUGGACGGCGGAGCAAAGGGCACUCGUGAGGGUGUAUGAGAGAAUGGUGAAGGGCGAGGUUGGACAGAAGGAUGAACAAGUGGAAGAAGUGACUUGUAAGAUGAUAAUGGGAAGAGCGGUUGGUAAAGUUGUGGAGAAGAUUGAGAUUGAGAGUGGAGGUGCUGUUCACGUUAGGGUUUUAGCUAAAGAUCAAAUACCCGGUUCGGGUUCGGGAGCUGAAGAAUUGAUUCAGAUAACGGGAAGUUUUCCAGCUGUAAAGAAAGCGCUCUUGUCUGCUUCAAGUUUUGUCCAAGAUAGCCUUAGAGUAGAUGCAGCCAACACUAAUUUAACAAAACCUCCAGGCAUGGCCCACCAUGGAAAUCCUAUGGCUGCGCCAGUGGAGCCAUUUCAUCAGAGAGGUUAUGCUCCUGGUUUUCAUUCGAGAGGCUAUUCUUCCAGUACAGGGCAUGAGACUGUUGGAGCACACAACAGAAUGUAUUUUGAAGAGGAUGUUGUCUUUAAGCUGUUGUGCCAUCUUGACAAAGUUGGCAGUUUGAUAGGGAAAGGUGGCUCUAUAGUUCGAACUUUUCAAAAUGAAACCGGUGCAUCAAUCAAGAUUGCAGAUGUUGUGCCCGAUUCCGAUGAGCGGGUGGUGUUGAUAUCUGCACGAGAGAAUUCAGAGAUGAGACACUCUCCUGCUCAGGAUGCUGUUAUGCGUGUGCAUUCUAGAAUUGCUGAGAUUGGUUUUGAACCUGGUAAUGCUGUUGUUGCUCGGCUUCUUGUACACUCACAGCAGAUUGGUUGUUUGUUGGGUAGAGGAGGGUACAUCAUUUCUGAGAUGAGGAGAGCUACUGGUGCUAGCAUACGUGUAUUUACAAGGGAACAAGCUCCAAAAUGUGGUUCUCCUAAUGAUGAAGUUGUUCAGGUUAUUGGCAACUUCCAUUCAGUGCAGGAUGCCUUAUUUCACAUAACAAGCAGACUGCGGGAGACCAUAUUCCCUAUGAAACCACACUUCCCAAAUAAUGGCCCACCCUACUUGCCUCCUUUUCCAGAAAUGCCUCCUCCAUUCAGGCCAAGACAUAACCCAGCAUCCCCAGGUUCAUAUCCUUCUCCGGUUGGACCUUUCCAUGGCAUUGACUGUUCCCAGCCCAUGGAUUGCCAGCCAGCAUUUUCACAUGGUAUGGAUCAUAUGGGCCCACCUAAUUUUGAUCGAUUUCCCUAUCCAUAUGGCAGUGGGAGAAUGGGACACGGUCAUACAUUUGAUAGGCCACCAUCACCAAGAUCUUGGGGUCCUCAGGCAGGUAGCAGUGGGAAUCAUAGAGGAGUUGAUGUUGCUUCUGGAUAUACAGCGAGAAAUGUGUCUCACCCAGGUGGAAAUCAUGCACCAAUGUUGACAAGCACUACUGUGGAGGUUGUGAUUCCUCAAGCAUACAUGGCCUAUGUUUAUGGAGAGAACAACAGUAACCUGGGUCAUAUAAGGCAGAUCUCAAAUGCGAAUGUAGUUGUUAAUGAUCCGAAACCCGGGGCUUCAGAAGUUGUGGUUGUAGUGUCUGGGACACCAGACCAAAUGCGUGCUGCACAGAGUCUUAUUCAAGCCUUCAUCCUUUGCGGACUAACAUCGUAACAGUUUCAUUUGUCAAGGAGCAACCGAUAUCAAAGCUUGUAACCUUCAAUCAGAGAAAAAGAAAAGGUCUAUAACACCAUCUGUAUAACCAUCAUAAAUUUGGUCUUUACUUUGGCUCCGUAGUUUCAUAAAUUUUGUCUUCAUUUUAGUUCUGUAGUCUCAGUAUUUUGGUUGGUGUUCACAAUUGUUGUUCAGAGGGUUUGUGGUUUUGUGUAAAUAGAAAUGAGAAAAUUAGUCUAAAGAAAUUUUAUAAGGUUAAUAAACAGGCAUUAGCGGUUAAUAAUAUAAAUAUUAUUUUUUAAAUAAAUAAAAAGUUUAUUUGUUUAUUUA